AUGGAAGACAAUCAUCCAAGGCCACAUGCUAUAAUGUUUUCUCUCGAUUACCAAGGCCACGUCACCCCAUCUAUCCAUCUUGCCAUGAAACUAGCCUCAAAAGGCUUCACAAUCACCUUUGUCAACACACAAAUAGUCCAUCACCAAUUAACCAAAUCACAACCCGAUUGCACCAACACCGACGACUACGACAUCUUCGCCGGAGCGCGUGAGCUUGGCCUCGACAUUCGCUACAAGACGAUGAGUGACGGGCUUUCGUUGGAUUUCAACAAAAUACUGAAUCAUGACGAGUUCCUCAAGAGUAACUUGUAUGUCUUGCCAUCCCUUGCGGAUGAACUUAUCGGAAAUCUAGUGAAAGAAGAUCCCUCUAUUUCUUGUUUGAUUGCCGAUACUUUUCAACCAUGGGCGUUGCGAUUAGCCAAGAAAUACAAUCUUAUUAGUGUUUCUUUUUGGACUCAGCCGGCAAUAGUCUUCACUCUUGACUACCACUUAGACCUCCUCAAAAUAAAUGGUCACUAUUUAUCUCUCAAUGGUAAUCGUGAGGACACCAUUGAUUACAUACCAGGGGUUAAGUCAAUAGAACCGAAAGACUUGAUGCCAUAUCUUCGAGAAACGAAGGGGUCAACUGUGACACACGGGCAUCUACUCUUAUACAAGUCAUUCGAGGAUGUUAAAAACGUUGACUUUAUUCUUUGCAACACAUUGGAAGAGCUUGAAUACGAUGCCAUUUGGGCCAUACGGCAGAAGCAGCCCAUGUACGCAAUCGGCCCAAUAAUAUCUCCAUUUGGGUUCACCAAAAGCCCUGUUUCCACAAGCCUGAGGACCGAAUUUGACUGCAGCCAAUGGCUCAGUUCAAAACCUCAUGGCUCGGUUUUGUAUGUAUCAUUGGGUAGUUUGUAUCCAUCAAACAAAGAUGAUUUGGAAGAAAUAGCACAUGGACUUGUGCUUAGCAAAGCGAACUUCAUAUUGGUUCUUCGUCCCGACGCCGUUGGAUGUGAAGAAUCUUAUGCUCUACCAAUAGGAUUUGAGGAUCAAAUCAAAGACAAGGGUUUGAUUGUGCCUUGGUGCCGCCAAGUUGAAGUGAUUUCACAUCAAGCCGUAGGAGGUUUCUUGACACAUUGCGGAUGGAAUUCUGUUUUGGAUAGCAUGUGGUGUGGAGUUCCUAUGCUUUGUUUCCCUUUGUUGAUUGAUCAGGUUACUAAUAGAAAACUGGUGGUUGAUGAUUGGCGGAUUGGAGUCAAUCUUUGUGAUGGGAAAUCGUUGACCAGAGUAGAAGUAGCGGAGAAGAUCAACCGUUUGAUGAGUGGAAAAUCAGGUGAGGAAUUGAAGAGAGAGGUAAUGAAGGUGAGGAACAUGUUGAAGAAUGCCUCUACCAAGGAUGGAUCAUCGGAAACAAAUUUGUGCCAGUUUAUCACUAAUGUCAAAGCUAAAAUUUGUGAACGAACUAGAUAA